GAGAGAGAUUGCUUGACUGCCUAGAUUAGUCUUUUCCAUCUCUCCCCUUCACUAUCUUUAACCUCCAAGCUUUAGAGCCUGACUUGUUGAAGCGUGAGAUAGAAAGAGAGCUCAAUGGGCGAAUCCAGGGAACGCAGUGGUAGAAGCCAAUCUCCUUCAUCUGUACGCCGCAACAGUACCCAUGGAGGGGACAAGGAUAGAGACAGGAACAGGGACAGGAACAGGGACAGGAACAGGGACAGGGAUCAUGACCACCACAAGAGUACCUCCAGACAGAGGAAGGAUUCUCGCUCCAGGUCUCCUUCCCGCAGACACCGGUCGCGUUCAAAUGACAGGAGAGAUGUCAGGGACGAUCGAAAGUCUACCCGUACAAGCGACAGUAGCAACAGAACUAAACAUCAUCUCUCCAGAUCAAGAUCAAGGUCAAGGUCAAGGUCAAAGUCUGGUUCUCGCUCACGCUCACGCUCUCGUCACCGAUCCGAAUCUAGUCGCCACCAUCGUCAACACCGUAGGGAUGAUUCGAGAGAUCGUAGUAGCCAUCGUCGUUCUCGUUCCAGGGAGAAUGACAGAUCACAUCGCCAUCGUCGCAGUAGGAGUCGAUCUGUCGACAGUAGUUCCAGUAGUAGCGACAGUGAAGAUCGUUCUCGCUCAAGGGGCCGCAGACACCGCAAGCACAAGCGAUCGCGCUCUAGAUCUCGAUCGCGUUCCAAGAAAUCUAGGAGUAAACGCCAUCGCCGUCGAUCCCCCUCUUCAUCAUCCGAUGAUUCGGACGAUAACCGUCGGAGUGUUAUUACAGGACAAAAGCUGAAACUUAAGGUUGCUAAAUCCAGUCAAGACAAGAAGCGCGAGAAGAACAGAGGAACCCUUUUAGAGUAUCUGAAUGCUACUUAUGGCUGAUAUUGCGAUCUAUAGCUCUGUGCUAGUAUAUUCAUUCUGCAGUCUAGCACUAUAAAAGUCAAUGGUUACAAUAAUAAUAAUAAUAAUAAUACAAUAUAGCAUUCAGAGCUUGGCU